AUAUUUGGCGUGGACGAAUUUGCUUCAAAAAACGAGAUUUCAGUGGUGGAUGGGCCAUGCACUCGUAAAUUACUGGAAUAUCAAGUCGAUGACAUUUUACAGUUGUGGGAAAUACUCUGCCAGCCAAACGGACUGUUCAAGCCCCUCCAAUGCGAAAUAUUCUCCGAUCGGUGCAGUUGCAAUGAUGUGCUCACCGGGCAAGUCAUAUUCAACUACACCAAUGCGCUCACCCAACAAUAUUGUGUACAACUUAACCAACAGUUGAGACAGACCACUCUGUCCUCCAACAACACUGUUUCUGUGACAACAACCGAUAGUCCUCAGCCAGACCAAACACGAUCUUUAAUGGACGAUAAAUAUGUCCAUACAAUACAGCCAGGUCAUUCACAGGCAGUCUCCACACAUAAAAUUGGCUCUACUACUAACGCAGGCAGAAAUUCGGAAGUACUGGCAACCCAGACUGGGGCGAAUGAUACGUCUGAGUCGUUAAUAAAUACUGGAGAGAAUUCUGAUGCAACGGCAAGUCCGACUGUGCCAAAUGAAUCGCCUGAUUUGAUUGCAAAGACGAGUGAGAAUUCAGAUCCAACGGCAAAUCCAGCUGCGGCGAAUAAAACGCCUGAUUUGAUUGCAAAGACGGGCGUGAAUUCUGGAGCAACGGCAAGUCCACCUGCGGUGAAUGAAACGCCUGAUUUGAUUGCAAAGAUGGGCAAAAAUUCAGAUGCAACGGCAAGUCCGAGUGUGGAUAGAGAAUUGACUAGUAAGAACAAACAAGUGAGUAGUGAAUAUGAGAAGGGUGUAUUUGAUUCAUUUUACAAUAAAUAUUUGUAUGAUGGAGAACGUGGGAUAAAAGCAGUUAUAAGAACUGAAGCUCAAAAUAAAACGCAAUUAAAUAACUUAAUUUCCGAAAAAAUUGCUGAAAUAACUCGAGAACAUUGUGAUUCUUGUUCUAGACAAAUGCUCGGUUAUAUUUGUCUGUCGAAAGAGAUUAAUGAAUAA